UGUUUUUGUUGGUCGAAGGAAAAAAAUUGUGAUGUUGCGAAAGUGGUUUGGAGGGCAAGGCAGCGAUGGAGGAGGAGGAGGGAGCUUCGAAGCAACGCUGAAGCAGCUGCGAGGACACCUUGUCACGGUGAACGGGAAACUGAACGGAAGUGGGUGGGACAAUGAGGAAGAAGAGCUGUGCGCCGCGCUGGAUGCGCAGCUCAAGGCACUGUGCGAAUUCAUCGAGGCAGAGGCCAAGCAGUUGCGAGAAGCAAAGCAGCUCGCCACCGUCGGCGAUCACAUGCAGGAGCUCCUCUCCUCCCCUCUCCUGCAGCAAAUCGAGUCCGUGUGCCUCACACGUGCCAGCACCAAGCUGCGCCGCGUCUUCAUCAGGUUCUUGUUGUGCCUGUUGACAGCCGCCGCAAGCCACGUAUUCAUCAUGCACGAAGCGCCGCUCAAGGUCAUCAACAACACCCUUCGCUUCUGCACGCAGCCAGCACAGAACACAACGGCAGGGCCGCAGCAAUCGGAGAAGGAAGGUGGCCCAGGCCAGCAUCGCAAUGUCCCAUCCACUCAGACACCCACUGCCUCCCCAGCAGCCACUGCUGGCAAUGACGACAGCGACACUGCCACUGUUGACGGCAGUGAAGAGGACCCCUUGGCAAUGCCUGACCCCGUUCUGCCUGAGGCGGAGGCAAAGCUGCUGUGUAAGCUCGUCGGGCGCGUCAUGGCCUACGUGAAGCACGACGCCUCCCUGCUCAACCUCCUGUUCGUCAACACGCAGCCACCGUCCUUCCACGUCUUCGAUGCCACUCUGCUUCUGCUCGAGCAGCCAGGCAAGCUGAGAACCGAGAUCUUCACGGUGGUCACCACCAUCUGCCGGCUAUCGCGCCAGCACCGCGACCUGCAGCGGUACAUUGCGUCGUCACGCCUCGUGACUGCGCUGUCGGGACGCGUGGCGCGGUCGCUCGCCGCCAUGCCAUCAGCGCUGCCGCUGCGGCGGCGUGCAUGGAUGGUGCCCGACACCACGCUCAACAUCGCCGCCCCUGGCGCCGUCACAUACAUCAACACGCUGCGGCUGUGCACAAGCGUGCUUGGCUGUAUGCCUGCAGUCUUGCAGAACAAGCUGUGCCGGUCCAUCCAGCGUCGCGUGGUCGAGACAGUCAUGCUGCCGCGACUGGUUGCCCCACACCACCACCACCACCACCAACAGCACCACCACCAGCACCAACAGCACCAACAGCAGCAGCAGCAACACCAGCAACACCAGCAACACCAGCAACAGCAGCAGCAGCAACAGCGAGUAGCGGAUGGCGCGGGAUUGCGUGACCGGGCGUCCACAACAACAACAACAACAACAGCGCCACCGCCGCAGCGGUCGCCACAUCGUCAGCUCGUGCACCCACGCGGCAACGCGGCACGCGCGUGUGCGGCGAUGACGGCGUACGUGGACAUGACACUGCGCCAUGUGGAGUGCUCGCGCCUGACGCAUCUUGUCGCGCACGCGCUGCUCGGCCAAUCCCAUGCGGGGACACGCGUGUGGACGGUGCUGUGCCGGCGCAUGGCACCUCCUCGCAGUUACAGCGGUGAUGAUGAUGGCAAUGAUGAUGAUGGCAAUGAUGAUGAUGAUGAUGAUGAUGAUGACUUGGGCGGAGCAGAGGCGAGGAAGAGUGAUGGCGACGCGCAACGUUUUCGCACGAACGAUGAGGGGGGAAGUGAGGACUGCGAGAGGAGCGCCACGACCACGGCGGCGUCACAGCUGCGGCACACCACGCUCGCCCUCAUGGACACCCUACUGCAGCUGCAACUGCCGUGUGUGUACGAGCGGGCGGCGCUAGCACAUUUGCGGCGGCAGCGCAAGUACUACGACCACGGCGCAAUCCAGUCACGGCAUGACGCAUCUCACAUGGGGGCACCGCCAAGCAUCGCCGACCUGUCCACCUCCACGGUGCUGUCUUGCCCGCUGCAGCAGGUGUUUCUGCUCGGCGCCGCCACGGAGAUGCAGGCAGCCACGUUCCUGCUUGCGCUGCGCAUUGUCGGGCGCGGGCAGUCUCCUGACCAGCAGCCGUUUGCACAGUACCUGCACAGCGCACGCGGCAGCAUGGCAGAGGCCAGGCGGUGGUGGACGCAGCCGGGCUGUCGUUUGGAUGGCGGUGGGGAUGGCUGUUAUUCUGACAGCAAUUCUGGCACCCGUGAUGACGCUGCUGAUGGAGGAGGAGGAUGUGGUGGUGGUGGUGAUGACGAAGGGCAUGACGCUGAGGCAGACGCGGCGUUCCUGACGGCAAUGUUGCAGUGCAUUCACGACUUUCUCAACGGAUCCCUGUCGGCGACGUUCCUGAUCACGGGGCUUGUGUGCCAGCUUGCGGCGCUGGACAGUGAUGAAAUACGAACGUUUAUGUUUGAGCCUGAGACGGAGCAAGCGUUUUUUGCGCACGUGGAGGCAGCGCGUCGCUCCCAUUGCACUCUCACACCGCCAUCGCCCGUGACCAGCGGCACCCGCUCUCCACCUGACCCAUUCCCGUUCUCCUCACAGCCGCCAACAGCCACCAACCCAACUGCCACAACAGCGACAGCGUCAUCAUCAGCACCAUCAUCAUCAGCACCAUCAUCAUCGUCAUCACGACGAUCGUCGCCAUCGUCGUUGCUGUUGUCGCCACCGCUACUAACCACUGCCCUGCGCAUUGUGCGUCAGCAAGCCAGCGCGCUCUUUGCUUCCGAUCCCCGUGUUGUUCGUGAUGUUGCUGCAUUUUAUCGCCGCGAUCGCGCGAAACUUUAUUCCAAGCGCAAGAGUGCACGUGCCCGUCGUGCCCGCUCCGCACACCAACACCAACACCAACAGCAGCAGCAGCACCAACAGCAGCAGCAGCAGCAGCAGCAGCAGCAGCAGCAGCACCAACAGCAGCAGCAGCAGCAGCAGCAGCAGCAGCAGCAGCAGCAGCAGCAGCAGCAGCAGCAGCAGCGGGGGAGAGGAGGGAGAGGAGGCAAGUCUGGGCUGCGCGAAAUGCUUUUGCAGCAGGGGCCCGUCGUGCCUGCAAGCCUAUCGACCUCUGACUCUGACGCGGGCCACUCCCAUUCGCAGCAGCCGGCAUCACCAUCGUCAUCGUCAGCAACAGUGCACGACAGCGCGUUGUCGUCGCUUGAUUUGCAGCGCCACGACGCCAACAGCGUGUCGUUCACCUCCUUGGACGCCAUGUCCGAGGCAAGCGUCUUCAUUGGCGGCUUUGAGUCUGGCGCCACGCCCGCCAGCCAGAGCAGCAUGAACACGUCUAACGUGUUUACUUUCUGGGACGGCGAUGGCGAUUCCGUGCUGGAUGCCAGCAUAUCCGGACACAUGGCGCUGACCAAAUCAUCCACUGCUCGUUCGUUCAUGGGUAACGCCAACGCCAGCGGCGAUGGCGGCGGCGGUGGGCGCAUGUCGCUCAUGUCUGACAGCAUGUCUCGCUUUGAGCGGUCUGUCUUUGGGUUUGGUCAGGGCCCAGCCAUGCCUGCGCUUGUGGAAUCGCCAACUGCGCCCACCACAUCUUCAUCGCCAUCAGCAGCAAGUGGCGGCGCAGGCACGCUGCACCACGAUGGGACUGGCAGUGGUAAUGGUGCGUUUUCGAUCACCGCCGCAGCACCAGCUGGUGUCUUGUCCAGCACCCCGAUCAAGGGCGACCUGAAGCGUGUGCAGAGCAACCGCAGCAGCAGCCGUGCCAGCACCGCUGCGCCGCCCUCAUCGCGUAUGCUUGCGCUGCGCAUUGUGCUCUUUGACGAAAUGCUGAAGGAACUCUCUGCGUUUGCCCUCGAACACUCCAUCAACAUUGUGGAACGCGCGUCUGAUGACAUGUGAUUGAGACGGCUGUCGUUGCUGUUGUCAUAUCAUGUUACAUCACACGUUUCAUGCUGUUGGCGACAGCGCAUGCCACUGCUUGCUGUCCUAGCCCUGUAGCAGACCUGCCUACUUAUUCGCCCGUCUUGUCUCCGCGCGAGUGUGUGUGUGUGUGUGUGUGUGU